UCUGGUGACUUGGCAUGACUUGACUCAAUCUGCUCGCAACUACAAGAAAUACAGUACUAUCGUCAGUCUACACAGACCUGGUUUUACUAGUAGAUUAGAACUAUUAUCAGAACAGGCUAUGAGUGUCGCAACCCAUCCGAUAUGUCCGCCUUUCUACUUCAAAGGUGUGCAUUUCAUGCCUUUAGUCGACAAACGGGCGGUGGAACUAGUCGACUCGUUUGAAGUCAGAGACGACGACGUUUUCGUGUCAGCUUACGUCAAGUCAGGAACGACAUGGACCCAGCAGAUUGUGUCGCUGAUAUUUGCGGAGGGCGACAUCAGCACAGUUAGCAAGAUCCCGUUGAUGGUGCGGGUGCCAUGGCUGGAAUCAAUAGACAUCAUGGGUACCGGGGAGCCGUUUCCCAACGUGCUGAAGAACGCCCCCUGUCCGCGCCUGAUGAAAACGCACCUUCCCUAUCACCUGUUACCCUCUCAAGCUAAGGAGGGAAAAGGAAAGAUUAUUUACUGUGCGAGGAAUGUCAAAGAUGUGAUCGUUUCUUUCCACAACAUGAGGACUGGUGCCAAGGAUCUUCCCACGGGGACGUUUGAUGAAAACUUCCAGGAGUUCAUCAGUCCCGAGCAAGCUUACUUCGGUUUCUGGUGGGACGUGGUCCCGGAGUACUGGCGUCACAAGGAUGACAACAACGUGCUCUUCAUCAAGUUUGAGGAUAUGAAGCGGGACCUGCGAGGCCACGUGGUGAAGAUUGCUAACUUCCUGGGCAAGACUCUGUCCGACCAGCGCAUUGAUGAGGUGGUGACCAACUGUACCUUCUCCGCCAUGAAGGACAACCCCGCUAUCAACUUCACUAAGAACCCUGCCUUGAAACAGAAAGUGACAAAGGAUUAUGAAUUCUUGCGGAAAGGGGAGGUUGGUGACUGGAAAAACUGGCUGUCAGAGGAGCAAAACCAGACUCUAGAUGCGAUCUACCGGGAGAAAAUGGAGGGCGUUGGUCUGAAUUUUGAGUUUGAGUAGGCUGGAAAGGAACACUGAUAAUUCAGGCCUCCGGCCAUUAUGUGGCAUUUAUAGUUCUCAGUGUUAGGUUUCCAACUAAUUGCAUAAGGCGGACCUUUGUGUGUGGAUUUAAUUUGUAGUUGUGCAUGCAUGUAUGGUUGUAUAUAAUGUAGUACUGCAAAAACCACAUGGCUUUGGAAAAACCAUGUUUCCAAUAACGAAAAAAAUUAACGGUCCUGAAAAAAAACAGGAUCCACAUUUAGGGAUUUUCUUCCUUUUCGGCGUCGCUUCAUAGAAUUCAUUUUGGCCAAUACCUUGUGGAAACGGUCUUUCUUAGAGCAGGGAAGGACUAUGCUGCCUGACACGCAUUAUAGGUGGUAGUCUGCAGGGCAAAUUUCGGUAUUUCCGGACUUGCGCAGAUGACCCAUUUUUAGCACAGACUGAUUAGGUAGCCUUGGCAAAAGUGGCUGUAGAAAUGUUUUUCUUGGGAUAUGUUUAAAUUUUGGAGGUGCACAUUACAGGUAAGGGUUUUAACCUCUAUAUUGAGUAAAAAAACCAGAUUUGUAGCAAUAUUUGUGGAUGCAGUAGGCUUUA